AUAAUUUGUUAAAGAGGACUAAAAAGAACAAGUGCAGGAGAAAAAUUAGGUGUGAUGAUGGGCAUGGUGGAUGGAGAGGAUGAGAAUUGAGAAGAGAAUGGGAGAUUCUGAGGAGGAGGGGGAGAUAUGGACGCAGCAGAAGCGAACCCUAAUUGAUGGAGUGGCUGAGAGGCUGUUGAAUGGAGAUCUGGAUUCCAAAAUACAAGCUGCCAUUGACAUCAGGAACAUUCUCAGGAACUCCUCCGUCAAGACUCGUUCCAAGUUCACGGCCGCCGCCGCCGUUAUCCAACCCCUCGUCUCCUUGCUCCUCUCUCCCAACCAACACGCUGCUGAAGUCUCUCUUCUCGCUCUCCUCACUCUCGCCGCCAGGAACGAACGAAACAAAGUCAGGAUAGUGACAUCUGGGGCUGUUCCCCCUCUUGUUGAACUCCUCGAGUUCCAAAAUGGUAGAUUAAGGGAAUUGGCGAUUGCAGCAAUCUUGACACUGUCUGCUGCUGCUCCCAACAAGCUGACCAUUGCAGCUUCUGGAGCUGCACCUCUUCUGGUUCAGAUUCUCAGCUCUGGAAGUGUUCAAGGAAAAGUUGAUGCUGUCACAGCACUCCAUUAUCUGUCCAGCUGCACAGAGGCCACCACUCCAGUCAUUGAUGCUAGAGCUGUUUCCCCUCUCAUAAAACUCCUCAAAGAUUGCAAGAAGUAUUCCAAAUUUGCUGAGAAGACUACAGCCCUACUUGAAAUCCUUUCUAAAUCCGAAGAAGGGCAAACUGCAAUUUCAAACUCAGAUGGUGGAAUCUUAACCCUAGUCGAGACCAUUGAAGAUGGAUCUCUGGUGAGCACAGAACAUGCAGUUGGAGCUUUGCUUUCCUUAUGCCAGAGCUGCAGAAACAAAUACAGGGAACUCAUUCUAAAGGAAGGUGCAAUCCCAGGCCUUUUACGACUCACUGUGGAGGGCACCCCAGAAGCCCAGGAGAGAGCCCGGAUGCUCCUGGACCUGCUCAGGGAUUCCCCACCAGAAAAGAGGCUGGCCUCAUCAGUUUUGGAGAGAAUUGCGUAUGACAUUGCUGCACGGGUUGAUGGGUCGGAUAAAGCUGCUGAAACUGCAAAGAGGUUACUGCAAGACAUGGUUCACAGAAGCAUGGAGCUCAGCCUGGGCCAUAUCCAGCGCAGGGCUGCAUCUUGUACACCUUCACAGAUUCCCCCCACAUGAAGACAGUUAAAAAGAAGGCCUUGGGGAGUAUUCAUCUGGUGCUAGAUUAGCUAAAUCACAAUCCCAGAGAGUCGGAAUGCACAUAUAUAGUGAAGCAAUGACAUAGAUUUUUGGUUUUUGGUGGGUGGGGGUGAAAUCUACUAGCGGUUUUGUUUGUGAUGCCCAUAUUGGGUGCUUUGUAUAUCGGAAGUUGGGUCAUGUACAUACAACAGAUAUGGUGAACAUCACUUUUUAAGGUUGUAUUGUUGAACUAUGUUUGUACUUGUUAGGGUUAAAGUCUAAUUGACUCUGACAUACAUUGCUAACAACUUCAAUUUAUCCGAAGGAGCCUCGGUAUGUUUAUUUA